AUGCAUGGAGUUGAUUCUUCAGUACCUCUCUUUUCUACUCGCAUUCGAGGUACGCCCAUUGUUGUCACACCACAGCAUGUUGCAGAUGUUCUCCAUGUUCCGAAGGAAAGAUUGGGACAGUCACUUUUGGAGAUGGGCAAAUCUGUGAUCAGAGGCAUUGGAACUGUGGACAUUCCAGGGUUGCCAGUCUUUGAAGAUGUUUGGUAUGUUGAUGGACUGAAGGCAAAUUUACUCAGCAUCAGUCAGAUUUGCGACAAUGGACUGAAUGUUCUCUUCACUAAGUAUGAAUGUGAGAUACUAAAUGGAGGAGGUGACUGUAUGUGUGUUGGUGUAAGGACAACUGACAACUGUUAUGGUUUAACACCAAGUAUAAGCAACAAGUGCUUUAGUACAAAGAUUGAUCAAGUUGAUUUGUGGCAUCAACGGUUGGGGCGUGCAAGUCAUAAGCAAUUAGAGAAUAUUUCCAAAUGUGAUGCAGUUAUUGGUUUACCUAAGAUUGAGAAGAUAGAUAAGUGCAUACGUGGACCAUGUCAGAUAGGUAAACAGGUUGAGAAAGAUACUAUGAUAGCCAAAAUCAGAAGUGACCAUGGAAGAGAAUUUGAGAAUACCAAGCUGGCUACCUUUUGCAAUGAUCGAGGCACACAUCAAGAGUUUUCUUCACCCAAGACACCUCAACAGAAUGGAAUAGUGGAACGGAAGAAUAGGGUUGUUCAGGAAAUGGCUCGUGUCAUGCUACACAAUAAAAAUUUUCCCAAAUCCUUCUGGGGAGAAGCAGUUAACACUGCUUGCCAUACACUCAAUCGGGUGUAUUUCAGACCUGAUUCCAAGAAGACUCCUUAUGAACUCUGGAAAGGAAAGAAGCCUAUUGUUAAGUAUUUCAGGAUAUUUGGUAGUGAUUGA